ACAACAAUAAGGUCAGGUGCAGCAUGAAUAUACAAUCUCAUAUUGCAUCUCAUAACAAGCUUCUAUUUGAGUCCAAAGUUCUUCCCUUCUCCCUCUCCACAUUCCCGUCUCCUAAAGCUUGACAGGAAUUUGAAAUUUCCGGGCUUCUGUCUGAAGCGCCCAUUGGCCCAGGAGGAGCUUACCUACAUGCAAAUGAAGCAACGCAACCUUGUUGCCUCGGAUCCAGAGCGUGAGGAGGAGGACCAGGAAUACACUCAUGUUCCCCGAGCUUUAGGAAAAAACACCUCCAACUCCUGCAAUGUUUAAACUCCACAAUUAAACCAGGCUGGAGUUUAAAAAAAAAAAAAGAAAAAGAAAAAGAGAAAGAAAAGCGCCCCCCCCAAAAAAAAUAAAAACAAAAGCGCUUUUGUUAUUUUUACGCACCAGUCGCGCAGAAAAGCAAUCACGGAAUCCACCGGGACACUCCGAUCCAGUCAAUCCUUCACUUCUGUUAUGAAGCGAGAAUGAGUGGCGCAGACGACAGCGGGAGCAAGUGCGCGUCUGGCCCCGUUUCCAGCUUCACCAUCCAGUCGAUCCUCGGCACGCCGUCCGAUGAGCCGCGCUCCGGGACCAAGGAGCUCUCCAAGGGGCUGUCGCCGCCGCGGAGGCGCUCGCUGUCGGUGUCCUCCUCCGAGGAGUGCAGCGGCGGGGAGGACUCAGCCGACUGCUUCUGCUCAGACACGGGUCACAGCGAGCCGUGCACACAGCACCAAGCCCACAACUUCUGCUUAGGUUCCGCCAAAGGUCUUCUGUCUGGAGGUGAGGGGCUCGCGCGGCGGCCGCACCUGUCCCAGCCUCUGCUGCAGGAUUAUAAGAAGGAGCAGGAGAGACCGUGCCACCAAAUGUCCCCUCUGUCGGAGGACAGACACGCGGACGGCGCGGACAAGCAGAACUCGGCCAAGAAGAAGACGCGCACGGUGUUCUCCCGGAGCCAGGUGUACCAGCUGGAGUCCACCUUCGACAUGAAGCGCUACCUGAGCAGCUCGGAACGGGCCUGCUUGGCGUCCAGCCUGCAGCUGACGGAGACUCAGGUCAAGACGUGGUUUCAGAACCGCAGGAACAAAUGGAAACGGCAGCUCUCUGCCGAACUGGAGGCGGCCAACAUGGCGCACGCCUCUGCACAGACACUGGUGGGGAUGCCGCUGGUUUUCAGAGAGAACAACUUGCUGCGUGUGCCGGUUCCCCGCUCCAUCGCCUUCCCGACGCCUCUUUAUUACCCGGGGAGCAGCAACCUGCCGGCGUUACCUUUAUACAACCUGUACAACAAAAUCGAGUACUGAUCACUGCAGUAAAACAACGCAUUAUAAAACAAUACAGCGUUCUUAUAACCUCUUGUGUAUU